CACUAAACGAAGACUUUUUGACAUUUUGACUUUUUAGUCAAUAUUUAUUUUGACGAUUUGACGUUUACUGUGAAUCCAACGUGUAUAUAGUUUUUAUUUAAAUAUUAUUCACUUAAAUUUAAGAGACAGUUAUUCUCGUAUAGAUAAACUACACCAGUAUUAUAAAAACCAAUAAAUGAACCUCUAACCAGUUGUGUACUACCAAUAUCUCAAUAUUUAUUAAUAUGAAACUUUAGUUUAAGGAGGGAUAACUUUACUUUCCUCAAAAGUACGAUACCCAAAAGGUUCAGUCUCUGUCACUCUCUGCUAGUAUAUCGUCGAAGUAACUCGUAAUUAUUUAAUUCAACCUACUUAUUAGUGAAAGCAGGUAGUGAAGCACAGUGUGAUAUAACAAGCAUGGCAUCCGCAGAAGAAAUUUACAAGAAACAAAAAACCUGCCUACAAGUAGCUACAAAUGUGACUGAACAAAAACACCAUGUAUCUAGGGCGAAACGGGGCCAAAUUCUUGGUCACCUCAGGGGAUUCAGAGGAUGCACAGUUUGGUUUACUGGAUUAUCAGGAGCAGGUAAAACUUCAAUUGCUUUUGAACUUGAAGCAUAUCUCGUAUCACAUGGAAUUCCAGCCUAUGGUCUAGAUGGAGACAACCUGAGAACAGGAUUAAAUAAAGACCUGGGCUUUUCCAAACAAGACAGAGAAGAGAAUAUUCGUAGAGUAGCAGAAGUUGCUAAAUUAUUUGCUGAUGCAGGUCAAAUUUGUCUUUGCAGCUUCAUUUCACCAAAUGCUGAAGACCGUGAUGUAGCACGUCGGAUUCAUAGAGAUAGUGAUCUCAUGUUUUUUGAGGUAUUUGUGGACACUCCAAUAGAAAUAUGUGAGCAAAGAGAUACGAAAGGGCUGUAUCAAAAGGCUAGAAAAGGAAUGAUUAAGGGCUUUACUGGAAUUGAUCAGCCCUAUGAAAUUCCAGAACAUCCAGAACUCGUUGUUAAAACUGUUAACUGCUCAAUAGAACACAGCACCAUGCAGGUGGUUGAAAUGUUACAAGAGAAUGGUGUUAUACCUUUUGUUCAGGAAGACAAAGAAUACAUUCCCGAGUUAUUUAUUCCCAAACAUAAAUUGUCUAGUGCUUUAGAAGAGGCAGAAAGUUUGCCAAGGUUACAGAUCACUGAAUUGGACUUGCAAUGGUUACAGAUUCUCAGUGAAGGCUGGGCAUACCCUCUAAAAGGAUUCAUGAGAGAAGAUCAAUUCCUUCAAUCUUUGCAUUUCAAUUGUCUUCAAAAUGAAGGAAGUCCUGUGAGCCAGAGUGUCCCGAUCGUAUUACCUACUACCACUAUGGACAUGGAACGACUCAAAGAUGCCUCUGCCAUAUCCUUGUUACAUUACAAUGAAUGUUGUGCUAUUCUUAGAAAACCCGAAUUUUUCUUUGCCAGGAAAGAGGAGAGGGUAGCUAGACAAUUUGGUACCACUAAUAAGGACCAUCCUUAUAUCAAGAUGAUAUACGAAUCAGGAGAUUGGUUGGUGGGAGGUGAAUUGGAAGUAUUAAAGAGAAUAAAAUGGAAUGAUGGUUUGGAUAAAUACAGAUUAACGCCGAACGAGCUUAGAGGAAAAUUCAAAACCUUAGGAGCUGAUGCUGUAUUUGCCUUUCAGCUUAGAAAUCCAAUCCACAAUGGGCAUGCUCUUUUAAUGACCGAUACGAAGAAACAAUUGCAAGAAAGGGGUUACAAAAAGCCUGUACUGCUUCUUCAUCCCUUAGGGGGUUGGAUCAAAGACGAUGACGUCCCUCUACCGACAAGGAUGCUACAACACCAAGCAGUUCUCGACGAAGGUCUUCUCGAUCGUUCUUCGACGAUUUUGGCCAUUUUUCCGAGCCCCAUGAUGUAUGCUGGUCCCACCGAGGUCCAAUGGCACGCCAAAGCAAGGAUGAACGCAGGUGCAAAUUUCUACAUAGUCGGGAGAGACCCAGCUGGCGUAACACAUCCUGCAGGCAAGGACGCAUCUCCUGAUGGAAAUUUGUAUGAUCCUACUCAUGGUGGAAGGGUACUUAAAAUGGCUCCAGGUUUAAAUUCUUUGGAAAUCAUCCCAUUCAGAGUGGCAGCUUACGAUAAGAGAAAUUCCAAAAUGGACUUUUUCGACAACUCAAGAAAAGAAGAUUUCGAAUUCAUAUCGGGAACCAAAAUGAGGACCUUGGCCAGAAACGGAGAUACUCCUCCUAAUGGAUUCAUGGUCCCAAAAGCUUGGGAAGUACUAGCCGGGUACUACCAAUCCUUAAAUAAAUGUUAGGGUAUUCUCGCUAAAUUGAUUACAUUAAAGCUGGUUUUAUUAAAUAAUUUAAAGCUCCAUCAGGCAUUCGAUAACUUACAUCAAACGUGCCCUCAAAUAACGGCACUGAUCGCUCAAGAAGUUUUUGACAAUUUAUUUUAAAUCGCUCAAUAACUUUGUAAUUUUUCUGAAGCAUUUUGUUUUGAUUCCAGACA